AUGGGGAAAUGGACGGUACAACACACCGAAGAGAUCCUAUUAGAGAAACUCAGGGCAUCCGUUCUUGACGCCAUUGAAAUUCACAAGAAUGAAAAGAGGAGCGAAGAUGACGCCAGACCAAUCACUUUUGACGAAUUUGUUCAACUAUAUGAUCCACGAGAUUCAUUUACAGCCAAGCUAAUGGAGGUCUUAGUCAAGGAAUACUCCGAAAGAAUAGCAAGAAAGACUCCGGUCGAUCGUAAAUUCCAAAUUGCAACACGCACAUCGGCAGCCCUGGGAGCGAUUCCAAGGGAUGCAAGAAUCUAUAGCAACUCUCGACGGCUGGGACAUUCGGUUCGGAGGAACAGAAUCAUAUCCACCCUCAGACGCCAGCUCGAAGAAGACGAGUCCAAUCCCAGAGCCACCACCAGGACCGACGAGGAUGUAACAGUUUCCACCUCUGAAAGGGAUCAUUUCUUUCAAAACGCGCUAGAAGAGUUGGACGAUGGAGAGUUUGGGGCGUACUGGAAUUCUAGUCUGAACGACGUCUACGCCGAACAAGAGUCGCUCUCGCGCGCACGGCGGCGUCGAGAAAACUUUCCCGCUCUUUUUCAUGACGUCCCAAUAGAGUCAUGGUCCCUGAGUGCAGAUCAGGACGAAGUCGGUCCACCCAUCGCCAGCGGCUAUUCCAGCUCGCGAGGGUCUGAUCCAGACGGACACUUUUCGCGCAGUGUGGCACCCCAACCUCAGUCGAGGAGCGAGACCCUCAUCAACUCCUUUGUUGGCAGGCAGGACUCGCAAAGGUCAAGCUUACUGCGACGGAAUUCGAUCAGGCGCAACUGGUACAACAGAACCAGCUCUCUCGCGCAGGAUCCUCUGCAUUGGCGACCGUUCACACUCGAUACUGACACUGUUCGAUCGAGCGGUGGUACCGAGACUGCGAGGCCCUCAUCGCUUUGGGAACUCGUUUCGUCACGGCCAAUAGGAGCUUCUGUGGACUAUGAAGUGACACCUCGUGCAUCGCGGCUGGACGGACCCAGCAGGAUCAUGAGCCCUCGACCAGCUGCCAGCACGAGCAUCAUUGGAAGCUCUUCAAACCCUGCCGUCCCGCCUUAUUUCACACCGACACCAGAUUGGAACAACGACCAAGUUCCAGCGCCUGGCAGAACUCGCUGGGAUCUGGCAUGGCCUGGGGAUGGCCCGGGUGCUACUGGCACUGAUGCGUUGCCCGCAACCGAUCCUGUGACACCAGGUCUUCCUAUGUUACCGUUGGCCGAUGCACCUACAGCUCAACCUGCAGUUUCGUCUUCUGAGGCGGUCACUUCACAGAGAGUUGAUAAUCUUCCAUAG